AUGUCCCUUUGCGCCACCCUCCUCCAGCCACCCCGCCAUUGCCAUCGCACCCGCCACCGUCCACUCGCACCCGCCACCGUCCACUUGCACCCGCCACCUAUCGCAUCAGCAAACCCUCCCUCUGAGGCCAAUCCAAUCAACUCCAGAAAUGGCCCGAUCAUGUGCAUCACCUUGCCAAACCUUGUCCCGACCACCAUCUCGCCAGUCUACUCACAUCAGAACCCCCGCCUGCUCCAACGCUAA